AUGGGCGGUGCCGGGAACCCGUUUGCAGAAGCAUUGAUCCAGAAGUGGUCUCGUGGGCUGCGGCUCUUCGAAGAGCAUGCCAGACGAACUGCGGCGCGAGGUGACCAAGCGGUGUAUCACAAGUUCAACUGUGACUUGCACGUGUUGGUGGCCAAGCACACAGCAGAUGCGGACCUACACUUCGCCAAAGUCGAGGGCCCGCAGCGCGAUUACUGGGAACGUCGUAAAUCGAUCACAGGCUCUGCUGCAGAGUCUGGCUGCAACUGGGACAGAGAUGGCUUCAAGCAGUGGGAGGGCUGGACGACGGAGGACUUUAUUUACCACGAGGUCGAGACUGACCACGAUACCAUAAAGAACUCGCCCCUCAUGCGCAAGAUCGUGUUCAAAGAAUUGGGCGGCUUCUGCGGCAUGGAUUUCUGA